CCUGCGGAUCCAGCAGGAAACACUCCAUCACGCCACUGUAUCAACUUCUCCACCUGCGUUGCUAAUGGCAACAGACUCCAAACAAACUCAAAGAAACUCGAGAAAUCACUCCGAUCAGACUGCAGCGCUCCUGUCUCAGGUAAGAUGAGCUCACCUCUGUCCAUGCUGAAGAAGACGAAGCGCGCCCCCCUCCACGACCCCCUGAGUGAACCCGGGGGCAGACAAAAGGUGCCUUUCAGGAGGAAUCUGUUAAAAGAAGUUCAGGCAGAAUUGGCUGCAGCUGAUGAAUCCAUUGAUCCACAUCCUCCUCCUCAUGCUGGUCAAGCCUCAACUUCAAAGUCAAAAGCCCCGUUAAAGAAAGGCACUCCACCGAGUGACUUUGAGCUGAUGUCUGCCAUGAUGCAGCGAGUGACCUUGCUGGAAAAAACAGUGAAGAGCCAAGCACAGGAGAUCGAUCGCAAGGAUAAAAAGAUUUCAGCUUUGGAAGGAAAACUGAAGCACCUGAAAGAAUCAGAGUGCACGCAUGAUCUGAGCAGAGAUGAUCUUGAAAGAAAGUGCCAAAAACUGCAGAAUCAAGUGUGUGAAAUGGAGAGCUUUCUAGAUGACUACGGUUUGAUCUGGGUGGGAGAUGAGAGCAGUGACUCAGCUGAAAGUGAGAAGCUACUUAACAUGGAGAGAAGCCUCUCGCAGCCAGAUGCCUCUGCGGUCAGGAAAUUCCACAUGAACUUUGACCUCGUGCUGCAGAGGAUCAGGGAGCUGAACAUCCUCGCAGGGGAGGGAGAGUGUUUUGUACGGUCGACAGCCACGGGGGCACAGUUGGCAAAGAAGGAUCCCAUUCAACUGAGUCUCUACAGCAACGGGAUUGUCAUGUUUGAGGGUCCUUUCCGCUCUUAUGACGAGCACAGCACUCAGCGGUGCAUGCAAGACCUGAUGGACGGGUAUUUUCCCUCUGAGCUUCAGGAAAGAUUUCCAGAUGGUGUCCCUUUUGAGGUUCAUGACAGACGAGAGGAGGAAUUCAUCUCGAGGUUAACGUGGAACAAAUUUCCUGGUGAAGGACAGGCUGUUCGUGGGCAGAGAGAUGAAUCUGGCAAGAAGCAGAGCAUGGAUCGGUUCUGGAGCAGGUUACCAAAGUCUGUGGUAAAGGCUGGUCGUGUUAUUGAUAUCAGGGACUCUCUGAGGGCUGACCUGCAGGGUUCAUCUUAUGACCAGAGCAGCAACUCAGUGAUCCUCAUCGACACACCAGCACUGCAAGCUGUGAAAGAGAGACUGCAGACGUCCAGCUCUGACCGGCCUGUGUCUGCCCACAAUGUUAUUACACUUAAAGUGAAGUCAGAAGACGGGAAUCAUACUUUCAUAUUGAAAAUGUGCUUCUCAGAAACAAUCGGCCACUUGCGGCAGUAUCUGGACAAACACAGAGAGGGCAGUCUCCCUGGUUAUGACAUCAUCAGCGCGUACCCACAGUGCAGCUACGAUGAUGACAGCCAGGCGCUGCAAUCAUGUGGACUCACGAGUAACGUUACUCUGCUGCUGCGAAAGAGGAAACACCCUCAAACACUGACUGAGGUCAGAUAAAUAAACUUAUGGAAAGGUUAUACAUGUCUUAUGAGGGAUUUGUUUUACAUCAGCCUUCAUUGACUCGUCAUAGUACCAAAAGCAUCAUAAAAAGUAUCACUAAUAACAAUGACAAUGGCUCUGUUCCAUUACAUCCUCAGCAAUACCAGAACCAUGAGACUGAAGCAGUUAAAUACAUGACAUGUAAAGGGAUGGGAAGAGAAACGCAGUACAGAUAAUACCGUGUCCCAGAGAACUGGGAUCAUUUUUAUGUCACGUGGCACGGUGGUCCACUUUGACUGAAUGAAGGUAACUGGUACCGCAGGCACAAACCUUCAUGAGAAUGACUAAAGAAACUGUAUUUUAUGGUCCAUACCUGAUCCACUUGAUAAUCACGGCUGGCAUAUUGAAUCGUAGUUACAGACGGCUGAUACUCGUGGGAGGAGAAUACUGCAGUUAAUCAAAUCGAUCAAAAGACAGUCGAAACAAAUUCAAACAAAACAAAAUGAAAUUGAAAAUCUUUAUUUCUAAAAUAUGCAAAUACAAACAAGGACAAAAGUAUGAAAAUAUAAACAUCUUUUUCCCUUUUUGCAAAAACAUUUGAGAUGUUAAGGCAUGCGGAGCCUGACUUUCCAAAGAUAAAUCUUGUGCUAAUUGAGUUAAAAAAAAAAAAA